AUGGCUUCAGCACCGGCGUCUGCACGCCCGCAAAGUCUCUCAACAUUGCUUGAAACCCUGACUACAUGUCUGUCGACAACGGUAUCUUCUUUACCCAAGGCUCAGAAGGAUGCCUCCAAUGCUACGAUUGAGCCUCCGCAGGAUGGUAUCUCUCUCCUCGACACCAAGAGCGAAAUCCUGCUUUCCUACUUGCAAAACCUGGUCUUCCUGAUCAUUUUCCAACUACGAAACGUGUCAGCGAAACAAUCGAAAGAAAAGAGCGCAUCCGUGGACAACUCCAUCGAAGAAGAUAUUCGUAAGAAAUUGACUGAGCUCCGGGUCUAUCUUGAGCGAGGUGUGCGACCCUUGGAGGGCCGCUUGAAGUACCAGGUCGACAAGGUCAUCAAGGCUGCGGAGGAAGCGGAACGCGCGGAGAAGAUCCAGCCGACCAAGGCUAAGUCCAGCCGCAAAGCCGCCAAGGACAGCGACGCUUCAUCUGAUGAAGAUGAAGAUUCAAGCGAGAGUGAGGGUGAUGAGGAUAUCGAUGAAAUGGCCUACCGACCCAACGUCUCCGCCUUCUCCAAGGGCCCCGCCGAGAAGAAGCAGGCCAAGCCCUCCAAGCCCUCCGAGGAAGGUCCAGGCGACGGUAUUUACCGCCCUCCAAGGAUCAUGCCCACCGCUCUGCCUACAACCGAGCGUCGCGAACGCCAAGACCGCAGACCCAUCCGAUCCAAUGUCAUUGACGACUUCGUCAACGCCGAAAUGUCGUCUGCGCCCAUGGCCGAGCCUAGUGUCGGUAGCACCAUCAUUGAUGGUGGCCGGACCACCAAAUCGAGAAAGGACCAGGAACAUGAGCAGAAGCGCACUACCUACGAAGAAACCAACUUCGUCCGUUUGCCCAAGGAGACCAAAAAGGACUUGGCCAAACGAGGUGGAAGAAAGGACACUACAUAUGGUGGUGACGAAUGGAAAGACCUCAAUGCGGGCGCCGAUCACAUCGAACGCCUCACUCGGAAAACUAAGAGCAAUGGUGCGGCGCUGGAAAAGAGCCGCAAAAGAACGCGUAACGAGGAUGGGCAACGCGGCGAUGGUGUGGGCAUGGGACAGAUUUUCGACAAGCGGAGAAAGAAGGUUGAUAGCUGGAAGCGGUAG